AUGUUCCAGAGACUCAAAGCCACGAUAGAUAAUCGCAUUGCAGAAGAGCAGGCGCGACUGAAUGCAACUAGUUCUACUACUCAAAGAUCUGUUUCUACAUCAUCAUCCUCAAGACGACCUGCGAACGAAUCCCCCUCUAGAAAGCCACGGAGACCACGACCAAAGGAAGAUGAUGAAAUAGGUGGCAGAGGUCCAGAUCCUGCAGAUUUUGAUUCUGCUUUUGUGAUUGAAGACGAGUCUGAGGCUUCAACUCGAGUUGGAACACCAGCUGGAGAGAAAUUUAAUCCAAUGGCGGGAAAUGGGGAUAGGCCGGCGGAUGGCAGUCCUCCUGCUGCCAAUGGUAGUGAAAAGCCAACGGAUGCGACCCCAAGAGCUUCUACUGAGCUUCCAACAGAAGUCAGAAACAAGAUACGAAAGCUGGAAAGGUUAGAGGUUCGAUAUCAGGACCUCCUCAAGUCCUAUCGGACUGCACAUGCCCGUGUUGUUAAUAUUGAACCCUUCGAAAAAGUCCUCAAGGAGCAUACACCUAUCAGCUCCAUUCAAGAACCUGAUUCGCUGGUUGAAUACCUUAAUCAAAUGAAAUUACAAGGGGAUUUGGUCAAGGACGAACUCAAGCGCGUAUCUGCGGAUCGCGACGAAUACAAAAAUAAGUAUGAGCAGUCUGAGAAACAGAAUGCUAGUGUCCGAGAGGAGCUCACGUCGCUGCAAAACACUUCUAACAUUGGCGGAAGUUUGACGUCCGCAGAGAAGGUAGAUACAAGCAGCCUCGACACCGCAUCUACUUCUCUUAAAUCUCCUGUUACGUCAGUUCUUGGACUUUUCUCUCCCAAGCAAAAGUCUGAAUUUGAUAAUAACAAGGAUGUUAAUGAGGAAUUAUUCUCCUACGACGAUGAGAUGCCAAAAUUACAAUCAGAGCUCAAAGCUAAGUCAGCAGAAAUCAAUGAGCUAAAUUCAAAAGUAUCUUCAUUGCAAAAGGAUCUCUCCGCCUACGACGAUGAGAUGCCAAAAUUACAAACAGACCUCAAAGCUAAGUCAGCAGAAGUUAAUGAGCUAAAUCCAAAAGUAUCUUCAUUGCAAAAGGAUCUCUCCGCCGCUAAAGAAUUAGGUUCUGGCUUGGCGAAAGAUUUGGAAAAAGUAACAACCGAGUUAAAUGGUUCCAUCAAUGAGGCGACUGGUCUGGCCCAGUUUCGUCAAGAACAAUUGGAUAUACAGGAGGACGAGAUCCGAAGGCUCAGUGAUAAGUUACAAGCAACUGAAACACAACUCACCGAACUCGAGAAGACCUUGGAAACUCAAACGAAGGAGUACUCCACCAGUCUGACCAAAUUGCAAACUGUGGUAUCACAGCUCUCCGAUCUUGAGAAGACCUUGGAAGAUGAAAAGAAGCAGAGCCGGCAGAAAUUAUCGAUCCUAGAAUCAGAGCUCAAAGACCAAACCACAACGUCAUGGGAAAAAUUCAAGUCCGAGUCCGAUAGCCGUAAAGAAGCCGAACAAAUAAUUGAGCGUCUCAGCUCUCAAGUCAUGCAACUUAAAGAAUUAAGGCAAUCCGAUGCUAAAUCCAUUCAUGAGGUUGAGAACGAGGUUGAUUUUAUAAAAACCCACGAGAGGCCAUCUCCAGCAAGCGAAAACAUCCAUGCGUCUGGAGCAACCACACCAUCGCUACCAGCAGCCCCUGCGUCCAGUAAAAAGAAACAAAACAAAAAGAAGAACAAGAAAAAUGGCAAUGCCGUUGUUGUUAAACCUACUCCUGCCUCCGCUGCAACCGAAAAGACCCCUGCUUCUGGGACUGCUACUAAUGAAUUGCAAGCUGAAAUUAACAAACUCGUAACCGAGAUUGCUGGCAAAGACGAGCAAAUAGAGAAGUUACAAGAAAAGCGUAAGACUGAGGGAGAUCUCCGCGAGGAGGUUGAACAUCUUCAAGAAAACUUACUUAUUGUUGGUCAAGACUGCGUGGCCGCUAAGGAGGACAUCAAGAAACUUCGAGCCGAGAAAGCUUAUCUUGAAGAGAAAACUGCCGAGUGGGAGGCUGGAAUCAAGGGUAUAGAAAAUGGGGAGACAGCCUCGGAUGAAAUGGAGAAAGAGAAGGCCGCUCUAAAAGAAGAGCUUGCCAAAGUAGAAUCCAAAUUACAGUCUAAAAUAGAGAUCAACGUUGAGGCUGAAGAGAAGCGAUUUACAGAGUGGGCCAAAUUGCAAGAAGAGAAGGCUGCUCUCGAAAAAAAGGUUGGCAGGUUGGAGUCUAAACUCGAAAUUCAGAAGACAGAUUCAGCCAAGUGGCAAGAAUUGAAGGUAGGUUUUGAAAAUAUGGUCGACAAGUUGGCGUCUGAAAUCGAAACCUAUAAAACGGCUUCAGCCAAUGCGGAGGAAGACUUCAAGAAGCUUCUAUCUGAGUUUGAAGAUUUGAAGUCGAAAUCAAACACGAUGCAGAAGGACCUUGGUGCCACUGAGCAAUUGGCUACAUCACGUUACAGGGAGCUGACGGAUCUAAAAACAAUUCUACAGAAUGUUCAACCGGAAUUGAAGACUCUACGCACUGAAAAUACGAACUUGAAGAGCGUCAAGGAUGAGUUCAACGCACGUACCUCUGAUUUGAGAAGAUUGGAAGCUCGCGAGAAGGAUCUGAAGGGCGAUCUUGCUAGCUUCAAGAAACAAGCUGCUGAUAGAGACGGUGAGAUUCGAUCUUUGAAUGAAAAGGUUGUUCAAGAGACGAAUGGUCGACUUCGAGCCGAGGAUCAAGCUCGUGUGGCACAACGUGAUAUGCGAAAGUCCGAGGCCGAAAAGAUCCAACUGGCAGCUUCGGGCGAGAAAGCUAGCGAAGAACUAUCUAAGGUGCAUGAAGAAGCCGGUAAGUUACGUACUCGUGUUCGAGAUCUCGAAGGACAAGUUUCAAAACUUUCUACCGAGACUAAAGGGCUCCGCGAGGAGGUCGAAUUAAGAGGUUCUCAAUACAACAAUGCACAAGGUCUACUUGGAAGCAUGAGAGAUCAAACGGCCGAGAUUAGCGUACAAUUGAAGGAAGCCAAAGAACAAUCAGAGAGUCUUGAAGAAGAACUCGCCGAGGUCCAAAGGCUACUAAACGAGCGAACUCGAGAUGGAGAAACUAUGCGCAGACUCUUGGCCGAUGUGGAUGAUCGAGCUGAUGCCAAGGUUCGAGAAAUGAAAGAACGCAUGGAAGCUGCCAACGAAGAGCGUGAUCGGGCAGAAGAUGAAGCUAGUACCAACGCUCGUCGUAGAUCUCGAGAAGUGGAUGAGCUCAAGACUAAGAUUAGAGAUUUCGAGCGCGAUAUUAAGCGAGCAACUGACGAUCGAGAUGAAUUGGAGCAAUCACAGAAGGAAUAUAAGAGACGCCGUGAUGAACUCGAAAGCAUAGCCGAAAAGUCGUCCCAGGAAGUGAAUGAUGUCCGCUCAGCAAUGAGUGAACUUCGAGAUGCCCUUGACGGUAGCGAAAAGCAACUUCGUGAUGCCGAAAAACAGCGAGCGGAUGUACGAAAACUUCUCGAGGACGCAAAUCAACGUUGUGAGAAACUACAAAAAGAAUCCAAGGCAUUGCAGAUGAAGACUUCGAGAUUAAAUGAUGUAUCUUCGAGAUCGAGCAUGGAUUCUGGAAGAUCGAAAAGCCCGGCUAAUGGAAGGAAAGAUGGCGGGGCUGGACAGCCGGAUGGUUACGUGAAGACGGUUCUGCUGCAGUUCUUGCAGCAGAAGGAUAAAAGGAUACAGCAGACUUUGAUUAAUACGGUUAUUGGACAGUUGUUACAUCUUGAUAAGAGUGAGCAGGACAAAUGGAUUGCAGCGAUUUCGACUUCGAAGUAA